AUGACGUUGUUCACGCUUCUUCUGCUCAUCAUCGCCCUAUUACCCCAGCUGGUGGCACCAAACCUACUCUACGGAUGUUCGCUGAGCGAAGACCUGUGCGAGGAAGGCGAGGGUUGUGUUAAUGACGGACUAUUCGGGCAAUGUUGGUCGCCCGAGUCCGAGGCCCCGCCACCCUCCGUGCUGCCAGCCCUAGAGGACCCGCAGCUAGAAUUGCUACAGCUCGAGGUUGCUCGUCUUGCUUCUCAGGGAUAUGAGUGGCCUGAUCAAAAAGCCCAAUGUGUCUUUGCCUACUUCAAGUUGGCUAUGUCUUACGAUCUGCAAUAUGACCCGACGUUCUGUGAGGUCCGCUCACCAGCCAAUGUCUGGGCACUCGUGCAGCUUGUCGAUAUGAGCCUGAAAGAACAAGAGGCUGACGCGAUGAUGCCUGACGAGGAGAGUGGUCUCAUCGAAAAACGAUCGAUUUUUGAAGUGCCUGACGAACGAGCCGAGUUUGUGCCGGAAGAGGAGGAUGAGGACCAGUUGGCAGACGCCGAUGAGCCAUCUAUUCAAGAGAUCCUUGCCGAGGCUGAAGAAGCGGAAAGUGGGCCUGUUGUUGAGAUCAUCGAAGCCCCGAUCGACGAUUUUAUUCGUGAACUCAACGAGCCCCCACCAGAGAUCGAAGAGGAUGAACUUCUUCUGCUGCAACCAAGCCAAAUCGAUCCUGUUGUCCAGCAGGUUGUUGAGGAAGUGCUUGAAGGAGGAAAUCCUGAUUUGAGCGAACUCUCUGACGAACAACUCGAUUCCCUCAUCGCUACAGUUUACGCUUUACGUGUAGCCCACGAGCGCAAUGCCACCGAAGCACCUGUGGAAGAAUCCGGGGAGGCGGAGGAAGCCGUUCCACUUGAGACGAUCGAAGGCAGGGCGGUUGACGUCUUGAAGAAAGAUAAGGAACAUGUCGGUGAAACCAAACUUGGCCUCGAAAACACGGAGCACAAAAUCGUGAAGGGCGAUCAACCCGAGAUCUCACGUGUUGUUGGGAACCGCAUCUAUCUCAAGGUUAACAUCAAGGAUGAGAACCAGCUCUACCCACUCAUUGAGUUUCUCCAAAGCAAAAUCGCCACCCCCAACAAGCUGUACUUCGACGAUUUCCAAUUCGAUGAAGGGCAACUCUCACUUCGAAUCAGCCGAUUGAUCGAUCAACCUCGAGCCCCGAAGGCCGAGAAGACGAUCGAUUCUGUUGAGGGAGUCGCCAAGGCAGUUUACAAACGCCGAAAGGACAUCGCCCGACUAUCUGGUGCUGAAGUUGCCGAAACGGGCAUUGGCAUUGGGGAGGAUUCCGUUCCGGUUGAGUCAACGGAGAGGGACUGGCUGCUUAUGCCAUUGCUUUUCGUUUGUGCAUUCACCAUUGCGGCCCUUGUUUCGGUCCUUGGUGUGCACGUCUAUCGCCAGAAGCGCUACUAUAAAUCCAACAUCACCUCGGUGCCUGGAGACUUUGAAGCAAAAGCUGGCAGCGAAUACCAAGAACUAUGCCGCCAGCGAAUGUCCCAGGAAGGACUCGAACGCGCCACCGGCAGCAAACACAGCAGCACUUCUUCAUGGUGUGAGGAGGGAACCGCUCAACCGACAAUCGAUAUCUCUACCGGCCACGUUCUUCUGAACUUCCUCCAAGAGUACAUCAACGAUUCCAACCGAAUGGAGGCCCAAUGGCAAGGAUUGCAAACCUACAAGAAUGAGGCCAAAGCAACAACCGUGGGUACUGCGAAUGCAUGGAAGAACAAGGCAGUCACGCCAUAUGACGAGAAUCUUGUUAAAAUCACUGGCGAGAAUGGUCAAGAAGGAGCCUAUCUGAAUGCAUCAUUCAUCUAUGACGAUGAUCCGCGUCAGCCAAUGUUCAUCGCAGCCCAAUCCCCUGGUGGUGGUGACGGUGCGGCAGCUUGGUGGUCAGCCGUCUGGCAACACGAUAUGUGCCUCAUCGUCAAUCUAUCCACUAUGGAUGAAGCAAAGAGCGAAGGACUGUAUUGGCCCGAACAAGGAUCUACCAUCUUUGGAGCAUUCGAGGUUCAUCUCGUCUCGGAGCACAUCUGGUCUGAUGAUUACAUCGUCCGUUCAUUCUACUUGAAGAACUUGAAGAAUGGCCAGACCAGGACCAUCACCCAGUUCCACUAUCUGAACUGGAAACGAGGAGAGGUCCCUGCACUUCCGAAGACGCUGCUCGAAUUCAGGCGGAAGGUCAACCGCUCAUACAAGGGCCGUGCCUCGCCAAUCCUUGUCCAUUCGUUCGAAGGAGCCGGCCGAACUGGCACCUACUGUGCGUUGGAUAUGAUCUGUGCCAGGAUACAACGAGGCGUCAAAGAAAUCGACGUCGUCGCAUCCGUUGAACAUCUGCGCGACCAACGUGAGCAGAUGGUCUGCUCAUCGGCCCAAUUCAAGUUCAUCUAUGCAUGCGUGGCCCAAGAGGUCUCAUCCCUCAUCAAGGCGCUCCCCCAA